AUGGCAACUAGAUAUGCGAGAGCCGAGGAAGGUCGCCUCUCCCUCCUUGAGAUCCCAAAGGCUGAUCCAGAGCAUAAUAAGGCCAAGGCCAAGGACGUGAAUCGCAAGGGCCCAGUUGUGCUCGCGGCCGAACCUGAGAUGAAGCACGGUUGCGACCACCCAAAUUCCUCCAAGGGUAGCCGCCCGUUAUGCGUCUUCCACAACUGCUACCGCCGCCUCCCACCAUGUGGGCCCACCAAGCCCAUCUCCAGCCCGCCCGAGCCCAUCUGGGCCCGAGCGCGCCGUCACCCCCGCGCCCGCUCGCCGGGGCUCGCCGGACUUCGCCGGCCGCAUCGCCGGAGCUCCCCGCCGCCCCGCCGCAUGCCGCUCCUCCUCCCCAGCGCCGCCUCCAUGCCGCAGCACGCGCGCCGCCCCGCCGUCCAACGCGCCCGCGCCUCCGCCCGCCGCCGUGCCUCGCCCCACCGCCGAGCGCCCGCGCCGCACCGCCUCCGCCGCGCCCUCGCGCCGCCGCCGCUCUCCGCCGCCGCUCACCGGAGCACCGGCACUUCGCUGUCGCCGCCUGGCGAGAUCAGGAGGAGCCCGAUCCCGUCCCGCCGCCCGUUGACCGCGCGUGCCCCACGCGUCGGCCGCAUCCCCUCUGGCCCAGUGGGUGGCAGCCCCGCUCCGGCCCAGCAUGCCCCAAGGCCCAGCCGAUCCGCGUCCUCCGUCCUAGGCUUGGCCCAUGGUGAGCCACCCACUUUUCCUCGCUCAUGCGACGUUUAG